AUGAAAGCUUCUUUCUGGUCAUCACAGGAUAACAACAAACCUGAUUUACUCUGCGGGAAGCCAGCUCACUAUGUGGUCUAUCCAGAAUACUUCACAAUGCUUGUGUGUUUCACGGUUGUUUGGGGAGGGCUUUUGAAGACAUUUUUAAAGAAUUCCGAAGUCCUUGUUUUGACAAUUCUUUCUCUGUCAGGAUUCAUGAUAGGACAACUGGCCUAUAAUUUUGUGGAGGUGCACCAAAUUGUCUACCCUCUUCUUAGAACACCGAGUUUUGCACUUUAUUCUUAUUUUUCACCUUUGAUUAUAUUUAUGGCUGCUUUGGAUGUGGACUAUUACGUGCUCAAGAAUGUGUUCUGGCAGGUCUUGUUAACUGGAUUAAUUAGCUUUGCUACAGCGCUCAUCAUAAUCGGAUACAUGGUUCUGAGAUUCAAUAAAGCUUCGUGGGAUUUGCAGUCUUGCCUACUGUUCAGCAUUACCCUCAGCAUUACAGAUCCUAUCCAUUCCGUGAAUUCUCUGAAAACUAUUGGCAUUUCUAAAAUGUACACUGAUAUUAUCAGAGGAGAAUCAUUGAUUAUUUGUGGAAUCACAUCCAUUUGUUUUGGAAUUUUUCGGAGCAACUCAAUGCAUAUUUCUAAUUUUAGGGAGUUACAUAUCGUCCUGAGACUCAGCUUGGAUGUUACUGGAAGCAUAAUAUGUGGAUAUUGGUGUGCAAGAAUCAUUAAGUUUAUAUUGGCUGACCUUUUUAGCAAUACACUGACUAAUCUCAUUCUCUGUUUCUCAAUGGUGUACAUGACUUUCUACAUUGUGGAAUUUUUGGGAAUGUCAGGCAUUGUUGCUUUAGUUACUGUAGGACUGAAUUUAGAUUCCUUAACCUUUAAACCGAAGAUCGAGUUCACAAUUAAUAAGUUCUUACUAAUGUUUUCAUCUGUAUACCAACACUUAAUAUAUGCUUUCUUUGGCAUUGUGAUUGGAUGUGGAGAAAUCAAGUAUUAUAGAUUUCACACCGUAGUCUUCAUAUUCAUCUUAUAUACAACAGUGAAUAUGGUAAGGUUGCUAACUGUUUUGUUAGCAAAGCCUAUUUUGAUGCGUACAAGUUACGAAUACAAUUGGCAAUGGGGAGUUGUUAUCACGUGGUCUGGAAUUAAAGGAUUUUUUAGCUUACUCCUGGCUCCUGAUAUUUAUAAUCUGGCUGAACAAAAAGUAGAAGCACCACAUAUGUUUAUACUCUACGUGCAAGUAAUAUCGUUACUGACUAUGGGAAUUAAUUCAUACAUGAUGACUUGGUCAGCCAGCACAUUAGGUUUGUGUGUUAUUUCCCUCCCAAGACAAAUGGCCAUGCAAAAUGUCAUCCAGCAUAUACAGGAGAUGAUACAAAACACGAUAACCUCGUCUAAAACAGAAAAAAUUUUGACAAAUGUUAAUUGGACCUUUGUAGAAGAAAAAACAAAGAUUGAAUAUGAAUCUAUCUUUCCUUGUGAUACUGCCCAUGCUAAACGUAAUGAAAAAGAGAAGUUCCCAACAGAUGAAGUUUUAAUAGAAGAAGCCAGAUUGCAUGUAGCUAUAAUACAAAUGAGUAGCUUUGAAAAACAGUGUACUGAUGGAAUCCUUGGAGCACAGGCAGCCCGCAUAUUAAUUGGUGCAACCAAAAGCUUUUGCCCCAUCCCAGGAAAAUUCAUGAGUAUUUAUGAUGUUUCAUCUUAUGCAAUAGCCAGAAGUUGGCUUAUAAAGUUUAAAAACAUUUUAACUUUCUUGGAAUAUCCUGAAGAAAACAUACCUUUUAUUUUGCCUGGGAGUAAUAAAUUUCUGAUUUUUAUAUAUCACAUUGUAUUUUCUGAAGAAUUUAAAUAUGCAGGAUAUAUUAUGUCUGUGUUGUAUAUUUAUCCUAUGAUAAUACAUCUGUGGCCAAUGGCAAGAGAGUUAAAUGUGUCAGCACUGAUAUCACUAAACUACUAUUUUAUAUUUUUAUAUGUAUUGCAAGCAGCAUUGAAGAUAGUAAUUUUGAAAAGGAAAUAUUUUCAACAACAUUGGAAUACUUUGGAAUUUUUAAUUAUGACUAUUGGAAUCAUUGAUGUCUUUUGCCUAUACUUUGUCAGACUGAGACCAGACAACAUGGUUCUUAUUCAGUUUACAGUAGUAAUAGGAUAUUUUAGAAUAAUUAGGUUUCUCCCUUUGUUCAAGGUAAUAAUACCAAUGCUGGUAGAAGUUGUGGAUGUGCAGAUCAAAAAGCGCCUCAGCUUGAUGUAUAGUAUUACAAAAGGCUAUGUCAAAAGUCAAGAAGACGCCAAACUUUUAGUGAAACAAGUUUCUAGCCGUGAGUCAAUAUACCAGAAAAUACAUAAAAUUUUGGAAACCAACAAACGAGAUGCUGUCAAAGAACUAGGACUCAUAGAGCAUGAGGGUCGUGAUGUCGUGAUUGCUUUGAAGACGAAGCAGGCAAUCCGAAAUGUGAUUUCUAAGGCUCUGAAGAAUCUCACCUUCCUUUGGUCAAGAGGCAUUAUUGAUAAACAUGAGGGCAUUGAGAUGAAUAAGGUACUUCUUGGAAAAAUAAAAGCACUGAAUAACUUUCCAAUGGCAAUCCCACCCCCUACUCCUGACAAAUACCUUCAUAAUAUCAUUUGGCUGGAAAAUAAAGAUGUUCUAAUUGAAUUCUUCAAGGAAAGAGCCAAACCUGCUUAUUUUGACUAUGGAGAUGUCAUUUGUAAAGAAGGAGAAAUGCCACAAGGAAUCUACUUAAUUAUUUCAGGAAUGGCAAUUUUGCAUAGUUCACCUCCUACCUUUGGAAUAGAAGGUAGCCGAAGGCCUAGUAGAGACUCCAAAACCAUGUUUACAGAGUACUGUACUAGUGGGGACAUCAUUGGAGAAUUGAGCUGCCUGCUUAAGCGUGAAAUUGAAUAUACUGCCAUCUGUGAAACGAUUUUACAGGCCUGCUUUAUCUCCCUGGAGGAUUUAUAUGAAGGCUUUGAUGUUUUCUGGCCAUCCCUGGAAUAUAAAAUAUGGUUAAAGCUUGCUCUCAAUACUGCCUAUCAGUAUUUUGAAUCAAGUCUUGCAGAUGAGGACUUAAAUUUCCAGAAGUGUGUGCAGCUCAGUCACGCCUAUGUGGAGACUUUAUCAAGCUAUAAUGAAAUGACUAUUAAUAAUGCGACCAUGAAAUUUGUUAUUAUUGUGUAUGGCAGUGUAAUUGAUAUGAAGACAGAGGAACCAUAUCUCGCACCUUGCAUUUUACCUAAAACCUGUGAGCAGGUUCAGGGAACUUCUGAUUUAAGCAAGCUGCUGGUAAUCCUAGCAUCUGAGCCUGCCAAAACUAGUAAUAACACCACGGCCAACCUUAAUCUUCGGGCCACCAAGAGAGAAUAUAACUGGAAGAGAAAAGAUGAGUUGGAAACUAGAUACCAUUUUAGAAAGUGGUAUUUAUGAUACAAAUACCAUGCGUGGAGACAGGUUAAAGACGAAGUUCAUCUCCUGGCUCAAAUACUGAACAAUCAUCUGGCAAGGAGUUUACCGAGAAGCCGCUCAAACAAUUUACUGCUGCAUUUAUUUUAUAAACAAUUGAUGGACUGCUGAAAAAAAUGUUUCAUUUUAAGUAGUUACAUUAUACUGGAGAUGUUAAUAAAAAUUUCAGGAAAAUAGAAGAUAGCGCAAAACUCACAGCCUACCAAAUGAGGUGCUGUUUCCAGGAGAGCAAGUUAUCACAAAGUACAUUAUUGAAAGUGUUGUAUAAUUAAGGCAUUACUGUCUGAAGCAUAAAGUGCUUUUUGUUGUGAAACUGCUAUGCUUAGUGCCUCCCUAAUAUUUUUUAGAAUAUAGUUGUUCUCCCUUCUCUAAUGCAGUAAAUAUUGAAAAAUGGAACUACAUUCAUCCACCUCAGUCACUGAAAGCAAAAUUCAGGAGAAACUAACAUUCUUACACUGCACGGCAUUGUUUGAUGCCAUUUUUUAUUUUAAGAAGUCAAAUAAAGUUGAAUUUUAUGGCUGUUAGAAUCCAUUACUUCUUUUCAUCCCUACAAGACUUUGAAAGAAUACAUAAUAAUGGUGAGAAUAGAAGGAAAUCAUAUCCUCUUUGUUAAGCAACACACUUUUUUUUUCCAGUUUUUGGCUGGGGCUGGGUUUGAACCCACCACCUCCGGUAUAUGGGGUCAGCACCCCACUCCUUUGAGCCACAGGCACCGCCCCCUCCCCUCUUUUUUGAGACAGAAUCUCACUUUAUUGCCCUUGGUAGAGUACGUGGCAACCUCAAACUCUUGGACUCAAGCAAUCCUCUUGCCUCAGCCUCCUGAGUAGCUGGGACUACAGGUGCCCGCCUACUUUUAUUUUUUUUUUUAGAGAUGAGGUCUUGCUGUUGCUGAAGCUGGUCUUGAAUUUGUGAGCUGGAGUGAUCUGCUUGCCUCAGCCUCCCAGAGUGCUAGGACUACAGGUGUGGGCCACUGUGCCCAGCCAUUUAACUAUAUUUUAAAAUGUACUUGAGAUCGCUUUUAUUUUGGAAAUGGUAUUCAUUAUGUAGUAUUUUUCAUUUGGAAAAGAAUCCUUGCACAAGUUCUCACAGCUUCAUGGCUCCUUUGUGACAGAUCAGAAUUCGAUUUGAGGUUCUGACCCCUUUUCCUUAAGUUCUUCAGUGGUUUUAUACUGACAUCUAUGCAAGUGUAGAUAAAGCCGAACAAAACAGCAGGGCUGAAUGAGUGAUAGGUGGGUGGGUGGGGGUAACAGAUUUAUUGAGGUGGGGGAAAAAGUUGAUGAAUUCAAGAAUUCAUAGCUUCAGUGGUAAAUGUUCCACUGGUCUAUAAACAUGAGACUCAAGUUUAAGUAAGUAAUGUUGGAGACUUAAACUGCAAACUGUCACUAUAAACAAAGUCGAAGCCAGACUCUCCAAGAGAUAAAGACCAAAAAAGGGAAAUAUCAAAGAGAAUAGUGAGAAACCUGACAGAGAAGGGAAGUGACAGAAGAAAGAAAAGCACAGGAACUGUCUGAGGUGUGCCAGAAGAGGACAGAUGAUAUUAGUUUUAUAAGGGCAAAAUAUAUUGAACUGAGGAAGAGUGAAAGCAGGAGGCCAGCUGUCUUUUCAGACCAGCUUUCCCUAGGCUAUUGCAUAACCUGGAAUUCCCAGCUACAUGCUCAACCUUCUUCGUGUCACCUUCAAGGACACUAAGGUUUAAUGACAUUAUGGUGCAUGUUUGACAUUAUUCUACUCACAGAGGGUUUCAUGCAAAGCACUCUAUCAGAUGCUAUGAACUGAAUGGUUUUGUCUGCCCAAAAUUUGUAUUGAAGCCUAACUCCCAAUGUCAUUGUAUUUGGAUGGGCCUUUGGGAGGUA